AUGCGCGCGACGACGCGCGUAAUCCAUCGUCUCGCGCGUCCGUUCACCGCGUCCUCGGCGUCGUCCAGCGCGCCGUCGACGCGCGCGAGCGAAUCAUCGACAUCGCAGACGUCCACGACGACGCGCUUCAUCCAAGCCUUCGUCGCCGUCGUGACGCUCCGCGCGUGCGACGCCGCGCUCGACGAUUACGUCGUGUACAGAAUAGCGAUAGAGCUCGCGAAACAGCGCUCGGGGCUGACGAGCGAUGCGCGAUUGACCGAGGCGUUGGGGACGACGCUCGACGCGGAUGGGGCGUGGUGGAACGCGAGCGUCUCGCGGCGGGACGACGGCGCGCUCGCGCGGGUAGAUUUUGGAUUGGUCGGUGACAAGGCGUCGUGCGACGCGCGCGUGACCAUGGUGCGGAGAGACGCGGGAACGGCGCGGUCGUGGACGGGGCGGUGGAUGCGAUGGGCGACGCCGGCGAGCGCGAGAGACGCCCUGGGCGGGACGCGGGCGUGGCGGGCGUUGGAGGUCGAGGCGUCGAUUCCAACGGCGAAAGGGGGCGGGCGAAGCGCCCAGGUGAGUCUCAUGCGCGCCGAGGACGCGGACGCGACGUCGUAG